UAAGCGACCAUCGGAAGUGCAAGGGAAACCACCACCACCAUCACCCAGGCAGCAACCACCGCCGCCGAAGCCCGUUCAGGAAAAGCCGAAGUAACCAGCGCCUAGGGAGAGCAAGAGUUACUGCACCAUGGGGGGUUACGAAGGGCAGAACAAGCGCGCGCUCAUCUGGGCUGCUUUGUACUUCUUGGCAUGGAUUCUGCAAAGAUUGUGGUGCCACCUGGGCCUGCCCGACCACUGCGACCUCGCGAUGCGGCCAUUGGACGUGCUGACGGAUUUGGUGGUGCUCUUCACCUUCUCCCUCGCACAGGCAUACUGGUGUGAGAUCUUGCUAGACGACCGUUUCGAGGAGCUCAAGAAGGCUCCUUGGAUUUUCGGCGUCAUUCUCCUCACGCCAAUUAUCAUCUCGGCCCUUGGGCGUAUCGAUGGACUCGAGAGGUGGGACAAGGACAACGAGGGCCGAGACUUCGAGUUCUCCGCCCUCCGAUCGACCAUCUUCGUCUUCGGCCUUAUUGCCGCCGUGCUCAUUGUAGCGUGGCACUUCGCACGGGCGUGGCUGACUCUUCCCGGCAUGCAGCUGGUGUCGGGAGGCGUUAAGGUCGAGCCGCCUAAGGAAGACCUUCACGGCAUCUACGCCUCCAGCCGCAUCGUCAUCAUCGCGUGGUGCAUCCUCUUCACUUCGUUCAUCAUCUCCGAGGACGACGGCUUCGAUUACAGAGGCGCGCUACUCGCAUGGAUGCUGUCCCUGAUUGCGGUAUUCCCGCACCCCGUGAGUUACGCCUGGCUCGGUGUCAACACGGGUAUCUUCUUGCAAGGGAUCGGUGCCAACCGUCUCCGGUUCCUGGGGUGCAAGGAAUGGUGAACGCGUGAUAAUCGUCUUACGACUGUUGUUCUUUUGUGUGCGGGGGAGACAAAGAAGUGCAUCGCGGAGCGGACUUAGUCGCCCGCGAUGUCGUCUGAGGCUUCGCGAUAUCAGUGGCGUACUGUGAAAUUUUCUGCUGGCUAGUGUGAGCUAGGGUCAUGAUGAUGGUGUGGGGAAGGUUACGCUUGCGCAGCUGCUACACUUUUCGUUUGGUCGAGAGUUUUUGGCUGAGGGAUCAUGGGGCCCAUAACAGGUUGGCGUUACACCGAUACCCGCUCACACGACGAAUUGUGUGAACUGACAGUUUCGUUGUGAGUCGGUAGGGUUUCGGCGGUUUGUUUGGGCGCUACCUUGUUGGAUUAUUCCAACUGUUCGGUGCCACAUAUUUUCUUUGAUUUCGGUUCUUCGUUGAGGUACCCACUCCGAAUCUUCACCGAUAUGGUCGGGUCCGAUUUAUUCAUGAUUUUCGCUUGAUUGUCGUUUUUGUGUCUGUAUUCGAUUUGACAGUGAACGGGCAGGCAGCGUGCGCUUCGUUGGACUUGGGUUGAGGGAGGUUGGGCCUCUGCGUUGUUUGUUCGUGAGAAAGCACCAAGCAUCCAUGAACGAAUCAUGCCGUAGGGGCGUUGGCGGGUUUUACUGAUACCACGCCACACAUCAUCGUGAGUGUGAGCCGAUGGUCCGCUCCUCACGAUGAGAAACGCCUCCCAGGAAAAGAAUAAUAUCUCACGCGUCGUAGCUACAAUCAGUCCGAAUUUCAGACCGCCGAGAGCGUCUCGGAGUUUAUAUGUUGAUUUUGGCGGGGAGGAUAUUACAAAGAGGAUCUGAGAGUACAGCAGUACCAACGUUGGUUGCGCGGGCUUGGGGGUGGGGUGAAUGAAGUGAAAGUGUCUUGUUUCUGGGAACAAUAAUAGUAGUGUUGUGGUGUCUGUCCCAGAAUUCAAGGAAGUUGAAGCGUGGUAAGAUGUUAAUUUGACUUCUUGGUGCUUGUAUUUAUAAUUUCGUUCCGGGGAGGACCAGACGGGUUCUCUGCUCAAUCAAGGUGCUGCCAUUUAUUUGCAGGCGCGAAGACGUGACCGACAGCUAGCUGUAGAUGUCACGGCCUCUUUCGACAUCUUUCUCCGGUGUGAUCAGUGUAGUCUGGCGUGUGGUACCAUAGAACAACGGUUACGCUAGUACGCACGCGGUGGCGACGCAGCAUGGCACGGUAUGCGGAUGUGGCGGUUAGAUGACCUGACUCUGGCGAUUCGAGCCAUCCUUUUGAAAAGGAUGGCCAUUUUAUUACACGUGCAUGCAAGUUAAUCUACUUGCAUCGUUGCGUUCCCUGUCGGUGCCGCCUUCUUUCGUGCUGUUUUUCCGCUUUUGUUUCUUGAGAGGGAAAUUCUUUCUUAUCUGAAGGAGGUUGUAGGGGUCUUAUCAUGGAUGUGGCGUUGCAUCAAGGUGCUGCCAUUUAUUUG